CCAGUCAGACCAGUGACCCCGUUGUCAUGGAUACGGACUAAAGAUGGAUCAAUUUCAUGCUGGUCUCUUUUUGUUUCCCUCCAGUUUUUAUGGAGCUGGACCUCCACUGCCAGACCAACAACGCCGAACACCACACCCAUGAAAUCUCCAGGGAUGAGCUGAUCGUAAGACGAGGCCAGGCCUUCGCCAUGACCGUUAAGCUGUCGGAGCCCUUCAACUCUGACCUCCACCAGCUCUCCAUCACCGUUCAGACAGGUCAACACCCGUCUGAAGACCUGGGGACGAUGUCCCGGUUCGGUAUCCCAGACGCACCGCGGCGUUCCCCGUCGGCCAAGGCGGUGUGGAGGGCGGAGCUGCACCGGAGCUCUUCCCCACGGACGGGCCUGUUGACUCUGACCGUUACCCCCCCGGCCGACGCCCCCAUAGGGGAGUACCGGCUCUCUAUGAAGUACAAGGAGGAGGAAGAGAUGUUGGAGAAACUGACGGUGCUCUUCAACCCCUGGUGUCCAGACGACUGGGUGUUUCUGUCAGACAAGGACCAAAAACAAGAAUAUGUGAUGAACGAACAAGGAAUACUGUACAGAGGAAGUGGACCGUACAUCUCUCCAAUGGACUGGGACUAUGGACAGUUCGAGGACGACAUGGUGAAAAUUUGCUUGAGGAUGCUUGACGUCAACAACAAGCACCUGCGAGACCCGGCUGGCGACGUCUCUGCUCGCUGUAACCCCAUCUACGUGAGCCGCGUGGUCAGCGCUAUGAUCAACAGUGUGGACGACCACGGCGUGGUGCAGGGAAACUGGGGCGGUAACUACUGGGGAGGAGUCUCUCCCUCUCACUGGAGCGGCAGCUACCCCAUCCUGAAGAAAUGGUUCCAGUCCAACUGCCGGCCCGUCAAGUUCGGACAGUGCUGGGUGUUCGCCGGCGUCAUGUGUUCUGUGAUGCGUCUGCUCGGCAUCCCCUGCCGCGUCGUUUCCAACUUCCAGUCCGCUCACGACACCGACCGCAACCUGACCAUCGACGUUUACUACGCCGACUACGGCGUCAGGGAGAGAGACAGCAAGGACAGUAUCUGGAACUUCCACGUGUGGGUGGAGGGCUGGAUGAGGAGGCCGGACUUGGGAACAGACUCCUCGUAUGACGGCUGGCAGGUUCUGGAUCCAACACCUCAGGAGACAAGUGGAGGCGUGUACCGCUGCGGUCCGGCUCCGGUCGCCGCCAUCCGGAACGGUGACACUCACCUCAAAUACGACAUCCCGUUCGUCUUCGCCGAGGUCAACGCUGACUGCGUUUACUGGCUGGAGAAACCUGACGGCUCGAUGAUGAACAUCUUUUCUGAGACCAUGAAAGUUGGACAGAACAUCUCCACCAAGUCUGUUGGUUCCAACAAGAGGAACAACAUCACCGACGAAUAUAAAUACAAAGAAGGAACCGAGCAGGAGAGGGAUGUGUUCAAACACGCCGUGGACGGCCUGGAGAACGGAUGCUCGGAGAGCCACCCUCAUGACAUCACCGUCUGCGUGCCCACGACACCCAAACCAUCCGUGCAGAUUCAAGACGUGUCCGAGCCGGUGAACGGUAAAGACGUAAACCUGAUGCUGGUGGUAACCAGCGAAAACACCGUUGCCAAGCAACUGUCCAUCAACAUCAGCGUCCAGGCCAUGAGGUACAACGGCUCGCCGGCCGGAAACAUCCAGACGGAGACGACGGAGCAGACGCUGCAGCCGGGGAAAGAGCUGUCCGUCCCCAUCCUGGUCCCGUUCUCCUCCUAUCACAAACUGAUGCGGGACUGCGAGAGCAUGAACAUCUCGGCCCUGGUCUCCUACAAAGACGACCCGGAGGGCGUGUACCUGGCAGAGAAACGCGUGGUGUUGAAGGACCCGCCCAUCUCCGUCAGCGUGACCAGCGAGAGCAGAGUGAACCUCACCACGAGUGCCGAGAUGGUUUUCAUGAACCCCAUCGACGAGACGCUGAGGAACUGCACUCUCACCUUCUCUGGAAGCGGCAUCUUCAGAGGAGAGGUCGUCUCCAAACUUCCAAAUCUGCCGCCAAACUGCCGGAUUCGCGUCAAGUUCUCCUUCGUUCCCUACAAGAGCGGAGAGAGGACUCUCCUGGUGGACUUGGACUGCUCCUCCUUCAGGGACCUCAAGGCCAGCUGCGUCGUCAACGUCAAACCAUAAACUCCUCUCAUGUACUCCUUACAAACCAGAUAUUUGAUGCACUGAUUAUAUAUUUGUUGUAGGUUUUACUCGGUUUACACAACUUGUGAUGUUAGACAUCGUUUGUGUUACCUGGCUGCACUAACUUCGUCCCAUGAAUUGUUAUAAUAUUGCACAACGGGCUCUUUGAAAGUCUUUCCUUGACUCGGGUCAGUGAUUUCAAUGACGACGGGAAACGUAAACUUGCUGCAAGUUUUUGUAAAAGUAGACAAGUUUACGUCAAAGAGCUGGGAAUUUUAGUUGAAUAAGUAUUUCUGAAAUUCAUAAGUAUUUAUAAUAUAUCGUUUGUUGCUGCCU